GACCAAAGGGCAAUGUCUCCUCUUUGUGUUUAGCUGUUGAACAAUGGCUGGAAGUUGGUGUUUGGUUCAGAUUUCGUUGGUCUGUGCUUUCUGUCAUGCUGUUCCACAGUGGAGUAAGUCGCUUCAGGAUGCUCAAGCUCUGAUGAUGCAGCAGACUGACCAGCAGUUUCAGCUCCAGCAGACUGACCAGCAGUUUCAGCUCCAGAAGCCAGUUCAACAGCUAACUAACCAACAGUUUCCGCUUCGGAAGCCAGUUCAACAGCUAACUAAGCCGCAGUUUCCGCUUCAGAAGCCUGUUCAACAGCUAACUAACCAGCAGUUUCCACUUCAGAAACCAGUUCAACACCUACCUAACCCGCAAUUUCCACUUCAGAAGCCUGUUCAACAGUUAACUAAGCCGCAGUAUCCGCUUCAGAAGCCUGUUCAACCGCUAACUAACCAGCAGUUUCCGCUUCGGAAGCCAGUUCAACACCUACCUAACCCGCAAUUUCCACUUCAGAAGCCUGUUCAACAGUUAACUAAGCCGCAGUAUCCGCUUCAGAAGCCUGUUCAACCGCUAACUAACCAGCAGUUUCCGCUUCGGAAGCCAGUUCAACAGCUAACUAAGCCGCAGUUUCCGCUUCAGAAGCCUGUUCAACAGCUAACUAACCAGCAGUUUCCACUUCAGAAACCAGUUCAACACCUACCUAACCCGCAAUUUCCACUUCAGAAGCCUGUUCAACAGUUAACUAAGCCGCAGUAUCCGCUUCAGAAGCCUGUUCAACCGCUAACUAACCAGCAGUUGCCGCUUCGGAAGCCAGUUCAACAGCUAACUAAGCCGCAGUUUCCGCUUCAGAAGCCUGUUCAACAGCUAACUAACCAGCAGUUUCCGAUUCAGAAACCAGUUCAACACCUACCUAACCCGCAAUUUCCACUUCAGAAGCCUGUUCAACAGUUAACUAAGCCGCAGUAUCCGCUUCAGAAGCCUGUUCAACCGCUAACUAACCAGCAGUUUCCGCUUCGGAAGCCAGUUCAACAGCUAACUAAGCCGCAGUUUCCGCUUCAGAAGCCUGUUCAACAGCUAACUAACCAGCAGUUUCCACUUCAGAAACCAGUUCAACACCUACCUAACCCGCAAUUUCCACUUCAGAAGCCUGUUCAACAGUUAACUAAGCCGCAGUAUCCGCUUCAGAAGCCUGUUCAACCGCUAACUAACCAGCAGUUUCCGCUUCGGAAGCCAGUUCAACAGCUAACUAAGCCGCAGUUUCCGCUUCAGAAGCCUGUUCAACAGCUAACUAACCAGCAGUUUCCACUUCAGAAACCAGUUCAACACCUACCUAACCCGCAAUUUCCACUUCAGAAGCCUGUUCAACAGUUAACUAAGCCGCAGUAUCCGCUUCAGAAGCCUGUUCAACCGCUAACUAACCAGCAGUUUCCGCUUCGGAAGCCAGUUCAACAGCUAACUAAGCCGCAGUUUCCGCUUCAGAAGCCUGUUCAACAGCUAACUAACCAGCAGUUUCCACUUCAGAAACCAGUUCAACACCUACCUAACCCGCAAUUUCCACUUCAGAAGCCUGUUCAACAGUUAACUAAGCCGCAGUAUCCGCUUCAGAAGCCUGUUCAACCGCUAACUAACCAGCAGUUUCCGCUUCGGAAGCCAGUUCAACAGCUAACUAAGCCGCAGUUUCCGCUUCAGAAGCCUGUUCAACAGCUAACUAACCAGCAGUUUCCACUUCAGAAACCAGUUCAACACCUACCUAACCCGCAAUUUCCACUUCAGAAGCCUGUUCAACAGUUAACUAAGCCGCAGUAUCCGCUUCAGAAGCCUGUUCAACCGCUAACUAACCAGCAGUUUCCGCUUCGGAAGCCAGUUCAACAGCUAACUAAGCCGCAGUUUCCGCUUCAGAAGCCUGUUCAACAGCUAACUAACCAGCAGUUUCCACUUCAGAAACCAGUUCAACACCUACCUAACCCGCAAUUUCCACUUCAGAAGCCUGUUCAACAGUUAACUAAGCCGCAGUAUCCGCUUCAGAAGCCUGUUCAACCGCUAACUAACCAGCAGUUUCCGCUUCGGAAGCCAGUUCAACAGCUAACUAAGCCGCAGUUUCCGCUUCAGAAGCCUGUUCAACAGCUAACUAACCAGCAGUUUCCACUUCAGAAACCAGUUCAACACCUACCUAACCCGCAAUUUCCACUUCAGAAGCCUGUUCAACAGUUAACUAAGCCGCAGUAUCCGCUUCAGAAGCCUGUUCAACCGCUAACUAACCAGCAGUUUCCGCUUCGGAAGCCAGUUCAACAGCUAACUAAGCCGCAGUUUCCGCUUCAGAAGCCUGUUCAACAGCUAACUAACCAGCAGUUUCCACUUCAGAAACCAGUUCAACACCUACCUAACCCGCAAUUUCCACUUCAGAAGCCUGUUCAACAGUUAACUAAGCCGCAGUAUCCGCUUCAGAAGCCUGUUCAACCGCUAACUAACCAGCAGUUUCCGCUUCGGAAGCCAGUUCAACAGCUAACUAAGCCGCAGUUUCCGCUUCAGAAGCCUGUUCAACAGCUAACUAACCAGCAGUUUCCACUUCAGAAACCAGUUCAACACCUACCUAACCCGCAAUUUCCACUUCAGAAGCCUGUUCAACAGUUAACUAAGCCGCAGUAUCCGCUUCAGAAGCCUGUUCAACAGCUAACUAACCAGCAGUUUCCACUUCAGAAACCAGUUCAACACCUACCUAACCCGCAAUUUCCACUUCAGAAGCCUGUUCAACAGUUAACUAAGCCGCAGUAUCCGCUUCAGAAGCCUGUUCAACCGCUAACUAACCAGCAGUUUCCGCUUCGGAAGCCAGUUCAACAGCUAACUAAGCCGCAGUUUCCGCUUCAGAAGCCUGUUCAACAGCUAACUAACCAGCAGUUUCCACUUCAGAAACCAGUUCAACACCUACCUAACCCGCAAUUUCCACUUCAGAAGCCUGUUCAACAGUUAACUAAGCCGCAGUAUCCGCUUCAGAAGCCUGUUCAACCGCUAACUAACCAGCAGUUUCCGCUUCGGAAGCCAGUUCAACAGCUAACUAAGCCGCAGUUUCCGCUUCAGAAGCCUGUUCAACAGCUAACUAACCAGCAGUUUCCACUUCAGAAACCAGUUCAACACCUACCUAACCCGCAAUUUCCACUUCAGAAGCCUGUUCAACAGUUAACUAAGCCGCAGUUUCCGAUUCAGAAGCCAGUUAAACAGCAGUUUCAGAAGCCAGUAGUGCAGGCAGAGCCCUUUGAUAAAUGUGUAGCUGUAGCUGAUUCUGAGCAGAUCCAAUGUGGUCUACCUGGGAUCAGUGGUGCUGAGUGUGAAGCUAUCAACUGCUGCUUUAACGGACAGCAGUGUUUCUAUGGAAGGGCGGUGACCGUCCAGUGUAUUAGAGAUGGUCAGUUUGUGGUAGUGGUGUCUAGAGAUGUUACUCUGCCUCGACUGAGUCUGGAUACGGUUCAUCUACUGGGUGGAAAUGACCCACCUUGUGCUCCUGUGGGGUCUACACCUUCCUUUGCUAUAUACCAGUUCCCUGUGACCGCAUGUGGCACGAGCGUGAUGGAGGACAGCGGAUAUGUGGUGUAUGAAAACCGAAUGACCUCCUCGUAUGAAGUGGGGAUUGGACCAUAUGGUUCUAUCACAAGGGACAGUCAUUUUGAGUUUCUCUUCCAGUGUAGAUAUUCGGGAACUUCUGUGGAAGCUCUGGUUGUGGAGGUCAACUCUGUUCCUCCACCUCCACCAGUAGCUGCUCCUGGACCUCUCAGGGUGGAGCUCAGACUGGCCAAUGGCCAAUGCGUCACCAAAGGCUGUGCUGAAGGGGAUGAGGCCUACACGUCCUAUUACAGUGACGCUGAUUAUCCCAUCACAAAAGUCCUGCGAGAGCCUGUGUAUGUUGAGGUGCACAUUAUGGAGAGGACCGACCCCAACAUUGUCCUGACGCUGGGACGUUGUUGGACGACUUCAACCCCCAGUCCACUCAGUCUCCCCCAGUGGGACCUUCUGAUCGACGGAUGCCCUUACCAGGACGACCGCUAUCUGACCACACUGGUUCCAGUGACUGGAUCGUCUGGUCUUCAGUUCCCAACCCACUACAAGCGCUUUGUUGUGAAGAUGUUCACAUUUGUAGAUCCAGCCUCACUGGCUGCUCUGCAGGAAACCAUCUUCAUCCACUGCACUACAGAGGUGUGCCAUCCAUCAUCUGGCUCUUGUGAGCAAAGCUGCACCAGGAAACGAAGAGACACUCGUAUCAAGGCUGUCUCUGGGGAGCAGACUGUGGUUUCUAGUGGAGAAGUUACUCUGGUCAUGUAAAUCUAGUGUUUUUAAUAAACUUUUCAGAACCCUUA